AUGAUGGCCCAAUUUAUGAUGGAUUUGAAACCAGAACCACGUCUUAGUCCAUCGCUCUACUCUCCGGCCUCGCCAAAAAUGGCCGACAGUCCCAGCUGUCGCCCGCAGUCGACCGAUUCGGGGGUGCUGGAUCUUUCGAAGCGCCGCGAUUCCCUGGAAACGACCCGCAAAACUCCCUCGCCAUCGUAUCACUGCUUCAGCGACGGGGGUGGCACUCCGCCGCCCAGCAACCACAGUUCCCCGCAGUGUGAGGCCGCUUCGACCGCGGAGGGCUCUAUCCUCCUUAACUACAGCGAGCUGAUUCGAGGUCGUCGCUUAUCACCCACGAAGUCUCUGCUUCACUUCGAAGACAUCCACCAGCAGCAUCAUCGUCACCACCAUCAUCAGCUGACGACACAACCGCCGGCACCGGUUAUGGCCCCCGGUUUGGCCCCUGCCUUCCACCAUGCCCUGGCGAUGGCACAGAAACCGGCCACCGAAAGCCUCCUGCAGCAGCACCUUCUCCAGCGAGGCCCUGCCCUACCAUCGUAUCUGCUUUCCGGGGCCGGUGCACUCCAGACCCAUCACCAUCAUCAUCAUCAUGGCCAUCAGCAGCAUCAGUUUGCUGGUCCUGUGCCGCAGCAGCAGACGACGGCGGUGGUCCACCCAUCGGUGACUCCUCUUUCACCCAGCCCGAUUCGUUUGCGCGAGCUGGACGCCAUUUCCGAGUCCGGUUCCGAGGGAACGGCUCUCGUCAGCUCGAGCGAACGGAAGUCGAACAAAGACGAGGCACCCAAGAGCGGCGAUGUGGCGCAGCGAGGCAACCAGUACCCGAUGGUGGUCGGCCGGGAUGGUAAACUUUCGCGCCCCUUCAAGGCGUACCCGCGGGACCCGUUGAGCCUUGCCGCCGGGUUCGUGGCCAGCGACACCAUUCUCGAUACGAACUCGGCCGAAAAGUACAACCUGUUCCGGAAGCGCAUGCUCGAGCAGAUCCACGCCGCCAACGGGGGCCAACCGACGGUUUCGAACCCGAAAAUGCGCCGUCUAGCGCUGCCGGGUUCCGUCAGCUCGCCCAAAUCGGCCGCCCUGAGCGACGCCUCAUCCGAAUCGUGCGAUGAAAAGACUCCAUCGCGGCACGCGAACGAUCUGCGCGAAUCCAAAAUGGCGCCGGCGGCCGCAGCGACGAUGAAGAAGGAGAAGCAGGCGAAAGGAUGCAGCGAAAUGGCGCAACGGGCCGACGGCGCGUCAUCCAAUCAGCGGCUCGCAGCGAAGGACGACAGUGACAGCAGCCAUCACAGUGACGCUGACGUCACGCGGGGCACUGCGUCGUCUUCUGACGGUGCUACCGGCUCUGGCAAGGACUCUGCUUACUACGAGCGUCGCAAAAAGAACAAUGCGGCGGCGAAGAAGUCGCGCGACCGGCGGCGCAUCAAGGAGGACGAAAUUGCGAUCCGCGCUGCGUUCCUGGAGCGCGAAAACAUCGAGCUCAAGUUUGAGCUGGCCGCGGCCCGCAAACAGUUGGCACUGUACGGUGUCACGGCUUCGGUGGCUUCGUAG